AAACAAAAAACAAAAAUUGAAACUUCAUGGAAAUUGAUGGACUGAGUCACCUUCCAUAAAAGAUCCACUUGAUCAAAGAUGGGCCCGCCGGACGGCAAUGCAUGGUGCUCUCCCCUAUAAAGAGCCUUUGGCUCCUAGGAAGUAUUUGAUACAUUAAUUUCAAGCAGAAACAGAGGGGUACAAAUGGGAUUCAACAGGUUCUCUCUGCCAGCAGUGGCGGUGAUAAUGAUGAUUAAUGCCAUGCUUCUAUCACAAGGGUGUUUGGAGGAAGAACGAAUUGCUCUUUUGCAAAUCAAAACUUCCUUUGGUGACGACCCAAAUGACAUUUCAUCCCCGCUAUUCUCUUGGGGAAAAAAUGCCCUCUGUUGCAGCUGGGAAGGAGUUACCUGCAGCAAUUCCACUACAAGACGAGUCGUCGAAAUCCAUCUUUUCUUUGCAAGAGAUUGGUACUCAUCUAUGGGAGAUUGGUACCUAAAUGCAUCUAUAUUUCUUCCCUUCCAAGAACUCAAAGUUCUUGACUUGGGUGGAAAUGGCAUAGCUGGCUGUGUUGCGAAUGAAGGUUUCGAAAGACUAUCAAGACUUGCCAAAUUGGAGGUUCUUCUUUUGUCUGACAAUUACUUCAAUAAUAGCAUCCUAUCAUCCAUGAAAGGGCUUUCAUCUCUCAAAUAUCUAAAUCUUGAUUUCAACCAGUUGCAAGGAUCAAUAGACACGAAAGAAUUUGAUUCAUUGAGCAACUUGGAGGAGCUAUCGCUGGCUAAAAAUGAGAUCCAAGAUUUUGUAACCUUAACAGGCUCUGAAGGACCAUCAAGACUUAACAAAUUGGAGGUUCUUGAUUUAAGCUCAAAUUACCUCAACAAUAGCAUCCUAUCAUCCCUCAAAGGGCUUUCAUCUCUCAAACAUCUAAAUCUUGGUGGCAACCAAGUGCAAGGAUCAAUAAACAUGAAAGAAUUUGAUUCAUUGAGCAACUUGGAGGUGCUAUGGUUGGCUGGAAAUAAGAUCCAAAAUGUUGUAGCCUUAACAGGCUCUGAAGGACCAUCAAGGCUUAACAAAUUGCAGAGUCUUGAUUUAAGCUUCAAUAACUUCAACAAUAGCAUCCUAUCAUCCCUCGAAGGGCUUAACAAAUUGGAGAGUCUUGAUUUAAGAUACAAUCACUUCAACAAUAGCAUCCUAUCAUCCCUCAAAGGGCUUUCAUCUCUCAAACAUCUAAAUCUUAGUGACAACCAACUGCAAGGAUCAAUAAACAUGAAAGAAUUUGAUUCAUUGAGCAACUUGGAGGUGCUAUCGCUGACUGCAAAUGAGAUCCAAGAAUUUGUAGCCUUAACAGGCUCUGAAGAACCAUCAAGGCUUGACAAAUUGGAGUUUCUUGAUUUGGAUGACAAUAACUUCAACAAUAGCAUCCUAUCAUCCCUCAAAGGGCUUUCAUCUCUCAAACAUCUAUAUCUUGAUCACAACCAGUUGCAAGGAUCAAUAAACAUGAAAGAAUUUGAUUCAUUGAGUAACUUGGAGGAGCUAUGGCUGGCUGGAAAUACGAUCCAAGAUUUUGUAGCCUUAACAGGCUCUGAAGAACCAUCAAGGCUUGACAAAUUGGAGACUCUUUAUUUGGGUCACAAUAACUUCAAUAAUAGCAUCCUAUCAUCUCUCAAAGGGCUUUCAUCUCUCAAAUAUCUAUAUCUUGAUGGCAACCAGUUGCAAGGAUCAAUAAACAUGAAAGAAUUUGAUUCAUUGAGUAACUUGGAGGAGCUAUGGCUGGCUGGAAAUACGAUCCAAGAUUUUGUAGCCUUAACAGACUCUGAAGAACCAUCAAGGCUUACCAAAUUGGAGGUUCUUUAUUUAAGCUCAAAUUACCUCAACAAUAGCAUCAUAUCAUCCCUUAAAGGGCUUUCAUCUCUCAAAUAUCUAUAUCUUGAUGGCAACCAGUUGCAAGGAUCAAUAAACAUGAAAGGCCUUUGUGAGUUAAAGCAUCUUCAGAAGCUAGAUAUCAGCCACAACAAUCUCAAUGGUUAUUUGCCUUGGUGUCUCUCGAAUUUGACAAACCUUCAAGUUUUAGAUAUCUCUUUCAACGACUUCACUGGGAAUAUAUCCUUGAGUCCCAUUGGAAGUCUCACGUCCAUUCAAGAUCUAAGACUUUCACACAAUCACUUCAAAAUCCCAAUCUCACUUGGCCCAUUUUUUAACCUUUCAAAACUCAAGCAUUUGAAUGGUGACCAUAAUGAGAUAUACGAGUCAACAGAGCUGGUACACAAUUUGAUUCCAAGAUUCCAGUUACAGUGGCUUUCUUUGGAAUGUACUGGAUCCGGCGGGACAUUUCCGAAAUCCCUGUACUAUCAACAUGACCUUCAAUUUGUUGAUCUCUCACACAUCAAAAUGACAGGAGAAUUUCCGAGCUGGUUGUUACAAAACAACACAAAACUCGAAGGGCUUUAUUUGGUCAACAAUUCCCUUUCAGGAUCUUUCCAAUUAGCAAAUCAUUCCCUUGUAAGGUUGUCACAUUUGGAUAUCUCAAGAAAUCGCAUCCACAAUCAAAUUCCUACUGAAAUUGGAGCAUGUUUCCCGAGGUUAGUGUUUUUGAACCUGUCCAGAAAUGAUUUCGAUGGUAGUAUUCCCUCUUCGAUCAGCAAUAUGAGCCUCUUGAAAGUCUUAGAUUUGUCCAACAAUAACUUAUCAGGCAACAUACCCGAGCAGUUGGUGGAAGGUUGUUUAUCAUUAGAGGUUAUCAUGCUUUCAAAUAAUUAUUUCGAAGGGCAGCUUUUCUGGAAAAAUUUCAACUUAACAUACUUGACAGAGCUGAUAUUAAGAGGGAAUCAGUUAACUGGGAUUCUUCCGAAUAGCUUGUCUAGUUGUUCUGCAUUGGAAGCAUUGGAUGUUAGUAACAACAAUUUAUCUGGUAAGGUCCCGAGAUGGAUAGGGAAUAUGUCUUCUCUUGAAUAUUUAGACCUUUCAGAGAACAAUCUCUUUGGAAGUCUACCAUCUAGCUUUUGUUCUUCAAGGAUGAUGACAGAAGUUUAUUUAUCUAAAAAUAAACUAGAAGGAUCACUGAUUGAUGCAUUUGAUGGUUGCAUGUCGCUGAACAGAUUAGAUCUUAGCCAUAAUUAUUUUAGAGGUAAAAUUCCGGAGUCAAUUGGUUCUUUGUUCCAGUUGAGCUUUCUUCUUUUAGGUUAUAAUAAUCUAGAAGGUGAAAUCCCAAGCCAGCUGUGCAAACUAGAGAAAUUAAGCUUGAUUGAUCUUUCUCAUAAUAAUCUGUGUGGUCAUAUUCUUUCGUGCCUACAACCUAGCAGCAAGUGGUAUCGGGAACGAGAAGCAUCUAUAAAUCCUUCUGAUAGUGCUCCAGGUCCUAUUAUGCCAUUUGCCGCUGCUCCUAUUCCUUUGGAAGAUCCUUCUGUGAAUAAAGCUUUUGAGUUUACAACAAAGAGUAGAUCUUAUUCAUUCAAGGGAAUCAUCCUCACUUACUUCUCUGGUAUCGAUCUCUCCUGCAACAAUUUGACAGGAGAGAUUCCUUUUGAGCUAGGAUACCUUGGCAACAUCCAGGUGUUGAAUCUAUCCCAUAACAGUUUAACAGGUCCAAUACCACCUACAUUUUCAAACCUGAAGGAAAUUGAAAGCAUGGAUCUUUCCUACAACAACUUGAACGGGGAAAUUCCUCGUCAGCUUCUCGAAUUAAACUUCCUUUCUGCUUUCAGUGUAGCCUACAAUAACUUAUCUGGCAAAACACCAGAGAUGGUUGGACAAUUCUCAACAUUCAACAAGUCUAGCUACGAGGGAAAUCCGUUGCUUUGUGGACCACCGCUCACCAAUAACUACAUUGGAGAAAUAUCACCAUCACCGUUGCCAAGGUAUAAGACUGACAAAAAUGAAGAAAACAGCUUCAUUGAUAUAGAGGCUUUCUUUGUGACAUUUUCAGUGGCAUACAUCAUGGUCCUGUUGGCAAUAGGUGCAAUUCUGUACAUAAACCCGCAUUGGCGACGAUCAUGGUUUUACUUUAUCGGGAAGAGCAUCAAUAAUUGCUAUUUCUAUCUUGUAGACAAUCUACUUGUGCCAGCCAAGUUCAGACGAUUUCAGCCUUGUGUCUGAAACGGUAUUGGCUCAGUGUACACUUUAUUUAGAAUUUACAUUUUCAAGUCGUGAUUAAUCAAUAAA